AUGGCAACCGUCCCUGCCCUCAAUGCUUACCGACACCUGAUGCGCGCGGCGCGGAUCGCCUUCCAAGGUGACACCCAUAUUCUCUCGGCCGCACAGCUCCAGAUCCGCAACGAGUUCCGCCAAAAGGCCUCGAUCGAUGCUUCCGGUGCCACGGCCGCCAUCCAGCACGCCGAGGAGGUGGCCAAGGUUCUUCGCGAGAACGUGGUGCAGGGCAAGAAGACAGAGGAGGGCAAGGAUACAUACAAGCUACGGAUACACGAGCAUACGGAGCGAGGAGACAACGAGUCUAUCCUUACGGCUGGAAACGGCAACACGACGGGAGGUGGCUGCUGCGGUGGCGGUGGUCGAUAA